AUGAGUAUGGAAAACACGUGGAUUCCAUGUUGGAUACGAGGUGAAAAGAUUGAGGAAAUCAUUUUUAUUGGCAGGGAUGUUCUUGCUUGGUCCACUGGUGUUCACAUAAUUUUUCUAGAAAUUAGUAGUAAAAAACAGUUCAUAAAACGUUGCAUUGAUCAGAAUACCGGUGACGGUGCUUGUUGUCUCUCAGCACACGCCACUCUUUCGAUAUUUGCGUUUUCUGAAAAAACAUUUCAACCGAGAAUCCUGAUAUUUGAUUAUCCUACGCUAACGAAGAUUUCCGAAUGCGUGCGUGGAUCCAAAGGCGGAUAUUUGGCAACUGCAUUCACCGCAAACGAUUAUCUUCUGUCGAUGGGUUAUUUUCCUCAUUAUCCAAUGGCACUUUGGUCUUGGAAAACUGGUGAAAAAAUUGUCGAAGUUAACACCUGCAUUCGAGAUGAAGUAGGACAAAUACUCAGAAUUAAUCAAAUUGGUCCAACACUCGUAGCACAAAUGGGAAAAACUUGCGGCAAAUUUACAGAUUAUGAAAUAAAGUUACCAAAAGAUGAGCCGAUACGUUGGGUGGAUUGGUGUCCUUCGCCAAGUGAUCCAAUUUUAGCGAUCACUGAUCAUGAUGGUCAUGUAUAUUUGAGUAACGAGGAUGGUACCGACGUGCAUCGUAUUGUCCUAUCUCAACAUUGCGAAGUAUGCGAAGAUUAUGAAAAACCAAUUAUUUGUUGGUAUCGUAGUGGAAUCAUUUUGAAGACUACAUUUUGUCAAAUACGUUAUUACAAAAAGGAUGCUAAUUCUAAUACUUGGAACAAAGUAUGGUCUAUCAAAUCUACGAACAGACCUUACAUACUCGUGACACAUCCUUUAAAAAAUGAUUGGCUAUUUUACUACACUAUCGAAAGACAUUUGAUGCAAAUUCAAUUUGUAGAAAAGCAAAUUACACCCUCGGUAGAAAAAUAUUUCUGUUACGGUGUUAAUUGUCGUUAUAUUGAUUUUGUUUAUCCAUGGUGUCACCAUGCGGUAGCAAUCAGUGAAGAUUUGAAGGAUUUCAUUGUAUUAGAGUGCAAAAGUGGAUUAGAAAUAGGAAAAAUAUCUCCGGAAACGAUAGGUUAUAUUUCCUGUCAAGCUUCGCAUCCAGAUUAUCCAUUGAUCACGUUGACUACCAAUCAGGGUGAAGUGUUGAUGAUUAAUACAAUCGAUCCAAAGAAUCCUGAGAUUAUUUUGAACAUGAGAUUAUAUAAAAGACCGUUGGAUUUGAUCAAAUUUUCUUCAUCCGGCAGAUCCCUCGUUGUGGCCUAUAAAAAAUCUGGUGAUUGUUUUUGCAUCAGUUUAAAAGAUAAUUCGUAUACGGUGAUAGGACAAGUUCGUUUGAAAAGAAAAAUCAACGAUGUUUUAUUGUUUGAUUCUCGAAAGGGAAUUAAAUUGUUUGUUUUACUUGUCACAUCGAUGAAAUAUUUCGUUGGAGAACAAAUAGCCAUAUAUGAGGUGUCUAAGGAACAAGUUAACACGGAUGAGAUUAUCGCAAAACUGAAUUUACAAACCCCAUUUCGUAAUGUCUACACCGUACCUGGAAAUCCUCAAUUAAUUGUGGGUACACCUUAUCUGACACGACACUUACACGUAUUGAAAUUAUUAGAAACAACAUCGGACAUCAUAGAAAUCGUAAACGCUAUGGGAACGAAUCAUAAUUUUCGAUGCGCGCGUCUCUUUGUUGAUCGUAAUUGGUUGACAACUGGUGCGUACGAUGGUUUGAUCAUAAUUAGAGAUAAAUGGAUCAAAAAAAUCGUAGGGACUAUGAUGACACAUCAUAGACAGGAUUUUGGAUCGGUCAAAGGUCUGGUUAACCCUAAUGCAAAUUUGGCUGUUGUCCUUGGUCACGAUGGCUCGUUGGUGGGGAUGAGAAAAAUAGAACAAAUGGAUGAUGUUGCAAAGAAAUUGUAUCCCGUUGAUGAAUCUACAUCUGAGAAAGAAGAAAAAGGUAUACUUGCUGAUUAUGCUACCUUGACUACAUCGUUAGUGAGUCUACUGAAUCCGGCAAAAGGAAGAUUAAAUAAAUUCGAAGAGGAGAUCGAUUUGACCUGGGUCGAUUGGGUAAAAAGGAAAAUAUUAAAGGAAGAAGAAAAUGUAUGCGCCGUGGAAAGAAGAAGUAUAAUGAAGGACUUCUUGGUAUUGAAGAACGUCGUCGUAGAACUGUUGAAUAAGAACGAAAUCGUUCCAGAGCUUGAGAGGUUACCGGUGUCGGAUUUCGACCUCGACAAGGCCGAACGCGAGCACGCGAUGAAAGUAGCUAAAGAUGCUCGCGAAGAUAAGCGAUUGGAGCACGAGUUCAAUUGCAGUUCUAUGGACCACAUUGCUGCAUGGAUUGAAAGAAAUUAUUGGGAUUCACAAAAGAUUCUUGCCAAGUCGAUAUUUUCCAUAAAUGGUUAUCUCGAAGUGACGAAUUUUCCAUUAGUUGUUGAAAAUUCUGAUAUUAAAGAAACAACCGAAUUCGCACAAUUUCAAAGACAUUUUUUAUUGAGCAUCAAUAAACCAGAAAAUUUUCAAGCAUGGCGAACAUAUACCGAAUCACAAAUAAAACUUGCCACAGUUAAUCCUUUACAAUUGAUUCGCGAAGACGAGAGGCUAAGAAUGAGCGAACUCUUGCAAGAUGAGGAACGUGAGAUCGACCAAGAAGAGAUAGAAGAGCAAAGGGCUUUCGAAGGUAUGACGAGCCACCGGUUCAUCGAGCCAUCCCCUUAUUAUUACUCGCAGAUGGAAUCUUACGGGUUCUUUCAGGUGAUACUGAACAAUCAUUAUCUGAUGGACGAUUGUAAUAAACUUCGAUCUUACUUCAAUAAGAUUUUUAAUGAGAUUUAUGAGAAAAAGGAACGCGAAAUGAAAGUGAUUGGGGAUAAAAUCGAAAGGAUACGUUACAUUGAUUCGGAAUUAAAAAUUAUGUUCGAUCGUUCGUUGCCAUGUUUGCCUUCAAUACCCAUCUGGCAUAUUAAGGAACAACCUGAGAGGAUCGUACGAGUUUUGGAUCACGAAGUCAAAGUUAAACCUUAUAUUUCACCGUCGCAACAAGAAAUUUUAGACAAACAGGCUAUCGAAGCUGAAAGGAUCAGACAAUUGUUAUUAGCCGAUGAUUUUCGUGAACGUGCACUUAUGGCAAUGAUGGACGGUGUGUUGGAAGUUCGUUGGGAAGACGUUAUUAAGAAGGACAUACCAAAACCCAUGUGUAUGCUGAUCAAACAACCAGAAGAUUAUACGGUUGAAGAUAUUCGCGAAGUGAAAAAGUAUGAAACCGAUGUUGAGAAUCUUAUGGAAAAUCGGGAACGUUAUAAAAAAAUUCUAGAAGCUGAUUACGUUAAAGUGAAAUCCUCUUUGCAAGAGGGUAUUGAUAAAUUUAAUUCCCAAUUAAACGAAUUUUAUCUGUCUAAAUUAAAAUUGAAAGCUGCUAUCAAACAAAUGGAAUUUCAUUAUGUACGUGGUCGUAUAAGAAAUUAUACACGUGUUAAAAAUAUUGAAAAUUACGAAAAAAUGUCAAAUGAAAUUGCGAAGAAUCAACAAUCCGAGACGACACUUAAGGAAGAACUGGAAUCAUUUGAAAAUGUUCAAAAACAUUUGUUAACGCCAAUGGAAGCAAUGUACAAUCGGGAGAAAAUUUUAGAGAAAAAGUUUAGAUCAGAAUUUCCGUCGUUGGGUAGAUCAUCCGUGGAUCUUCUUUCGCGUCAAUACAAACGUCGACCUAGAACCAAUUUAAAGAACGUCACUAUGACUGAUUUAAUCGAUCUGAGUAAAUGCGUGAUUAAUCGAACGAAAUUAAUUUAUUUGCCGAUUGUAUGUAAAGAAUAUUUGAAAAUCAUUGACGAAUUGGAUUUACGACCGAGUACAUUACCAUCUUCGAUAGAAGAUAAUCACUGGGAACAUUUAACGCGAAUACGACGUCAACGAAUCGAAUUGGAAUUAAAGAUCAAAGCUCAGCAAUUUGAAAUAGAUCGAUCUGAGAGAAUGGUAAAUGUUUAUGGGGAAAAAUUGAAAAAGUGUCAAAGUAAUAUACGGGAGCUUAAACAAAAAUUAAAUCGAAUGAAAGAAGACAGGAGAAUCUUUGAUUUGAACACGGAAAUACAAUUGGUCAUGAGAAUGGGCCAGGUAGAGAUUAAUUUACAUGGUAGUUGCAACGAAACCAUGAACGCGAUCCUGAUACCUAGAAAAAUAAUCGAGGAAGUUAACGUGUUGAUCGGAGGGGCGGGUGAAUUUAAAUUAAAAGCAGUGGAACAUAAGAUUGAUUUUCAGAAGACUAUUCGGAACAAGGAAUGGGAGCAUCGAACGUUGAAGAUGCGUAUCGAUGAUUUUCGAGAUGAUCUACGUUUCAUACAGGGUACCAACGUCACUCGAGAGAUACGGAUAUAUUUGAAACGAAGGGCUAGAGGUUUGAGGGAGGACAGGACGGUCCAACGUUUGGAAAGGGAACUCGAGACGAUGCAAAAUCAUUUUGGCAAGAGCCUCGAUGAAUGGGCCAAGAGACUCGAGGAGCUCGGUAAGAAGAUCGAUAGAACCAAGAGGAAAAACGAUCUUCUCGAUCUUAUGAUCGUGAACAUGAACGUGGUAAGGUGCGAGAUGGAGCACAGUCGUGAUCUUAUCAAUGAGGAGAAGCAAAGUCGGUACAUGGACCGGAAGAUGCAGAUGAUCGUGAAGAGAUCCGAUCUGAUCAAGGAACUUCAAGAUAAUUAUGUAGAGCUCUUGGUUAUGCAAAAGGAACACCAGCUAUUACUGUUGCAACGUUAUCCAACGUUGAAAUGA